AUGGAGAUCAGCGCCGGUCACAAAUCGGAGGAGCUGUGUCCUAACUCCGACCACAUGGAGUUGGAAAAGUCUGGCGACACAAUCGAAGUCACCUCCUUCACUGAGUCAUUCUCCCGAUUCCACAUACCGAAGUUGACGAAUGCUUGGCCGGAGGUGGAAGCGGCUUUACAAGAGCAUGGAAUUUCUUACAAACUCAAUCUGGCUGAGCUUUACAUGACUGUCUCAACCACUCCAAUAACCAAAGAUCCAGGUAUCAUUCACAGGGCUCGCGAGGUUAUUGUGCUGCUCUCCAAAACUACUGUUCCCACAUAUGUGGUAAUUGACAUACUGAAUGGCGAUAUGGUUCAUGACCACAUCAAAACUGGGUAUCAAGAAGAUGGGCUUGCUGCAAUACAUGGGAUCAAGAGGGAGCGAUUUGUUAAACGGCAGACCAGAUUCCUGGAAUGCUUAAAGGACUUUUCACGCCUGCUGAAUGUUGGUCUGUAUGUUAAUGGAAACACUGUGACUGCUGCAGGAACUUCACUUGAGCAAGUAAAGGUGAUUAGAAGGAUUGUCGAAAGGUGUUAUGUUGAAAAUGUGAGUCCUGCAGCUAUUGUCAGCCGCUUAAACAUGAGGUUAGAUAUCAAUAAUGCGGAGCGACAGCUUCGAGCUCUGUUGAUGUGA